GACUGUUCAACUAAAAGCGUCAGAAAGUACUUGUGUUCAUUGGGUACCGGUCGAUGUACACGCCCAAUGGUACAACAAGCUCAAGAAAGAUGCCUUCUAAGAUGUAAACGCACGGAUCCAGCAGAAAACCAACCUAAUUGGCAACAAUCGUCCACAAGAAAAGAAGACAAGCAGUGGAGUGACGUAACCGAGCUACAAAGUGGAGAUUCCCAGUGUUUAUUUGACGACGUCUACCGUACCUUCACGCCUGUCUGGCAAGAAAGAAUCAUCAAGUUACUGAAGGAGGCGGUCGCAGAUUCAACCAUGUAACCACGUGACCUUUCCAAAGAGAGCUCGGUUUGUAUGGAGCGCCAUACAAAAAACGAUGGCAACAAAUCGAACAAACCUGGACGACACGUGGCGAUGGUUUUUAUUGUAAAAACCGCUUAUUAUUUCAAUACAUCUUUUAUCAUUUCUAUAAUUAAGAACUAGUUAAAUGUUGUUUGUCUCGGAACUACAAUCUGACUUUUUAAUCAACUUAUUAAUUCUUUGAUUUUAUCAUCAAAUGAGAUCUCAUUUAAAUGAAACCCUUUUCUUUUCAAGACCUGAGUACUUUGUGUAUAACUCUGGAUAACGUAAUUUUACCAUAUUGGUGUACUGUUAUACAACACCACACGUGGACACUGACAAAUGGAAAGGUGAUGACAACGAUUUUAAAGUAUAGCAUAUCUGUCAGAAUCUGUAAAUUUACUAAAUCAAACGCAAGUAAAUUGUUUCAAAUGUGAACUAUUUCUGACCUCCUUUUGAUAGGACAUUGUCUCCUAUCGAUCAGGUUUUAUUGAUAAUCAAUAUAAUUAUAAAUAAUAAUAUGUAUAGUAAUAAUAUGCGAAUACAGGUAUGAACAAGUUUGCCAAACAAUUCAAAUUGGAAGGCGCCACGGAGCCACUUAAUGGAACGCAUAGUCAGGGACAUGCCCUUAUUCAAAUAGUCUGAAUGUCUGACGUCACACCUCCAAGGAGUCUGAAUUUGCGGCUAGGGUUACUGGUGCUGAAACGGAACACAACUUGUUAAUCUAAUCGUCACAUUGUUUCUUUUUGAAUUAUCGGCUACUUUUCCCCAAUUUCAAAUGAUAAUAAUAUUUUGAAUAUCAAUAUUAACUUAUUUCCAUUGUCGUUUAGAAGGGUAGACAUGGGUAGAAGUUAUCGAAAUAUACGAAUCCGGUAUACGCCCUUCGCUCAACGCGUUUAUUCCUUCCCACCAUUUUAAUUGCACUGGCUUUGUCCCGGAAAAAUCGAUACCGCGACCGGCUAUAAAGGUGGCAAUAUUUAUCGGCCAACAUAAUACGUUGAUGCAUUUGUAGUGAGCUAUAACAAUUGCACAUAGAGUAAAAAAGUGCUGUAUAUUAGUGAGCUGCAAAUUCAUAACAAAGUUUUUUGUACGGACUCGCCCUUAAAGGGUCAGGUCAACAACAACAAAAUGGACAAGGUAAAAACAAUAUAUUUUCUCCCAUUUCAUUUCGGUCCCUCAAAACUUGAUUUCGUUCCCUCAAAACUUCUGUCUGAAAUAGUAUUUUGAGGUAAAAAAUUUUAAUUCGAGAUUUCAAGAUACCAUUUUCACGGGAAAGUAUGGACACACAUUUCCAUAUUCCCCAGAUCUCCUUAAACUGUUUUACUUUUUUUCCACCUGCCCCAUGUACACCAUUAAUUCGCAAUAGAGAAUAUUUAAACAAACCAAAAAAGCCCCACAUAAUCGUGCUUAGGUCAAACUGAUAAAUACAUGCACUUUACCACAUUCCCUUUCGCUUAAAGGAUUUGGAUACUUUUUCAAAAUGUCCAUAGAUUUACAUUAAACUUACAGGGUUUGAAGAUAAUGA